UCUGGACGGAAUGCCUCCGAUAUUUUGGUUUUGAGACCCAGCGCCACAAUUUCCCCCCUAUCUUUUCAUUUCCCGCUAUGUAAAAACCCUAAAAAUUAUUCAGAUCCCCAAUUCUUCAUCCUCCUCUGCUCAAACUUCCGGCACAUCUCCACGCCGACCUCGACGGUGUCGAGAUCCCCCCUCCUCCGCAUCUCCUUGACAGCCUCAUCCUCCUCCAUGGUCGGCCUCAGAUUCGCUCUGCUCCAUGAUUGGAUUCGGUUCCCUAUUCGUCAAAUCGGCAGACUCUCUCUCUCUAGACGAAGACAAUGACGAUGUUUUUUGAACUGAACACCGGCGCUAAGGACCCGGUGGUUGGUCUGGGGACGUGGCAAGCAGAUGCCGGAGGCAUCCGAGGUGUUGUGAUUGCCGUCGUCAAGUUUCACAUCAUAACAUUGUACAUAAGUAUCAGAAAGUUGCCAACCAUCGUCAAUCCACGAGCUCCUCCCAGACUCCGUCAAAUCCUUCUCCGUCUCCUCCAACGGCCACUUCACCGUCAACCUCCAAUCCCCCUGCUACAUCCACUUCGAUUACCUUGUCCACUACGCCGACACCAUCACCGGCGUCAUCAAGUACGGAUCGACCGACGAGCUGAAGGGGAUCAAGAGGAGGAAUUCGAGCUGGUUGCGGGCCAUCGAUUCGCCGACGAAGGCAGAGGAGGGAUUCACGCCAUUCUCCCUUUCGAUCUGGGUUUUUGUUUAUUUACGUUUUUGAGAAAUGGGGGAUUGGGGUUCGGUUGGCAAUGGGCGAGCUCUGCGCUGAAACUUGGUUUUUGUUGUAAGUAUUUGUUAGUUAGAUGUAUGUUGUUUCUAUGGAUAAGUGGAAUCAAAUUGGUCAGCUGUUCAUAUUGUAUUCUCAUUUGUGUGUUGUCAGAAUACAAUCUGGGGCCUUUUUUGUGACAACUCGUGUUAUUAUAUAAUCUUUCUCAUGUUUAAGAGUUUUAGUGUACGAUUCACUGACUAUAUACAUCUUUAGAUAGUAAUUAACCAGUUACAUUAAAUUUCUUGAUGGCUUCUUCAUUUGA